AUGCCAUCAGAUCCCUUUGUCCUACCUACCAAUGAAUUUCCAAAAGUUAGAGCAAAAAAGCUCGAAAAACUUAAUGCUCUCAAAGAAAAGGUAAUUAACAUGCUUCAAGAGAAAGGAAUCGCAACAAUUGAAGACGUUUUUCAGUUAACUCUAACAGUUUUCGAAAAAUUUGUCUGGUCAACACAAACAAUUGAAAGCUUAUCGAGAUACCUCAUGUCUUGCCCAGAAAUAUACAGAAUUGUGUUAAAAGUUAAAGAUGAUAAAGCGUUAGCUCUCUUUCCAGGCCAUCACAAAGUUACAUCAACUUCAUUUUUCGUUUUAAGAAAAGAAGAUCAAACAGAGGAUCUCGCAAAAGCAGAUGCUUUAAUGGAGCAAUUAACACAAGCGGCAACAAAGCAUAAAAAGAAAAAAGGCGGAUCUAGAAAAGCUAAAGAUGCUCCACUAGAAAUGAUUGAUCCACAAGAAGAAGGAAAAAAGCCAAUAGAAGAGAAAAAAGAAGCGUUUACAGCAAAAAUGGACAAAACUAUUGCUUGUCAUGCAACAGUUUCAAGAAAUUACGGUUUUAUUUCACAGAAACGUAUCAGAGCUCAGUUAAUUCAUGAUUUCAUUGCGCGCCAAUUUGCAUAUCAUCCUUUUACGACCAAAGACUGCAUUGACAACAUGCCAUUAAGCUUGUUUGCCGAAGUAGGUGGUAUUGGAACUCUUCCGAAAGUUCUUCAAGAUGAACCUUUGUUAUUUAACGUAAUCAUCAAAUGUUUCCCACAAACUUUCUUAGAUAAGCUUGAUUAUUCACAAGGAAUCCAAGAAAUUACAUCUCUUAUGAAAUAUUUAACAGAUGGUCAGAGAUUUUACAAAAUUUUCGAUAUUGACAUGGAUAAAUAUCAGUUAAACAGAAAAGCCAUUAUAACAUUUCCACCAGUCUUGACAGCUACAUUUGAACUUGGAAAACUUGAAGAUAUACCAUUAUUUUGGCAAACUUGUAUGAUUUUGGAACUUCUCGAACAAGUUGAUCCAAACUCCAACGCUCUUUGGAAGAAGCGCCAUUUAUUACACUACGAAAGACCUACAAACUUGUUUAUGAAGCCAGCAAAAUAUUAUCUCAAAAAAUACUUUACUCCAAGCAGAGUUGCUCAAGAAUUUCCGCUUUGUUAUUACCAGAUUGAAGACUUUGUCAAGAAAAUUGGCCUCAAUUUGGCGUUUUUAGAAGGUCAUUUAACACAAUACUACAACACAAAGAAGGAUGAUAUUGAGAAGCAGUUAACUCCUACUUCUGGACCUGUAGCAUUAUUCUGCAAAGGUGAGUCAGCUGAUGGUCUUCAAUUUCGGUUAAAUCCGGAGUCAAUUAUCGAUCAUAUUGACAAAUCAUCAUUUACGUGGAUCAAAGAUGUUACAGCCCAUGUUGCUUUAAACUAUUUCACCUCUUUGUUCUCAGUUUCUCCGAAAGGUGCAAUUAUUGCCACUCCUCGUCGUUGGAACUCCAUUUUAGAGCUCAUAAAGGAAUUUGGCAAGCCAACAGAAGAGGAACUUCAUCAAUUGGAGAAGACACAUUCAGCUCAUCUUUUCUCGAUCGCAUAUCACCGAGACUACAGGGAUCUUUACGACUACAACAUUGCCACAGCAUCAAUCACAGCCCAUAAGUUCCCCAAAUCCUCAGAUAUCGUUGAAUUAACAACUAGUGAUUAUAAUUGGAGAUACAACAUCCAAAGAUUGGGCUGGAAGACAGAUAGUUCACUUGGAGAAGUCAUUGAGAGGAUGAGGAUGAUUUCUCUCUGCCCAAGAACCAUUUUCAGAGCUUCUGUCGCCGAAACUCUUUUGACGACCAUUGAAGCAUCAAAAGUUGAAGAAGCUAUCAUAUUUUUGAAGUUUUCGAAGUUCCUUUCAUGUCCAGCUGAUGAAGGAGAAGGUAGUGAAUCUCCCUACAGGUUCUCCAAGAAUUCUAUCGGCGAGCUCAAGCCGAAAAUACCUCUUUCUUUCUUCGGGGAUAUUAUCCGCGAUUUACAGACGAUAGAUACGGCCACUUAUACAGACAGUUCACUUAAUGGCAAAAUUUUGAAUCUUCCUGGUUCAUGUUCUUUCUUAAGUUUGCCAUCAUGUGAAGCCAAGAUCGAGUUGGCUGUUGACAGGAUAAUACAAGCUGAAGAGAACUCGACACUCUCGAAAUCAGUGUUGGCUUUGCAAGACGACAAAUCAUUCGACAUUUUCAAGAUAAAAGUCGAAAAAUUGAAUCUUCCAAAAAUCAAAAGUGAAGUGAUCAAUGCAAAAGAUUACUUUUCUAUGAGUAAUCCAGCUAAAUUAGACUACACAAGUUAUCCAACAAUGACAUGCAACGCAUUGCACAGAGGAUACAUGCAGUCUUAUGUUGUUUUCUUCCAAGUUUUCGAUGAAAAAGAUCUCGACUUUUUGUUGGUUGUUCGAAUGAUUUAUUCAUUCGUUUUGUUCAAAUUCACAAGAGGAUGUAGUUUAGACGAAAUCAUUGAAUUCUUUGGAGAAGAGAACAAAGAAAGGACAAUAAAAGCUGUUAUUUUCCUCGAAGAAUAUGAUUUCAUCACAGCUUUGAGUUCAACAACAGCAAUGCCUCAGUUUGUAGUUGAUGAAUGCUCAAAUCCUCAUUUCGUUUAUUCAGAAAUUGAUGAAAAUUUUUCAAAAGUGAAGUCACAUUAUUGGACAGAUAUCAACGGAAACCAUUCACCAGAACUGAUCCUCAAUCUUUCAUUGACUGUUUUCGAUGUAGUUAGACAGAAUUCAGGCAUCGAAUUCCUCGAAUUAAGUGAGGAAUUACCUUCUGUUUCUUUGUCUGAUUUGUUGAUGAUUGUCGAUACUUUGGAAGCUGAUGAAUCGAUAUACACAAACUACACGAAGAAUGACAGUGGUGAUUUGUUUAGUGAAGGUUCUGAUGUUUGUGUCCCGAGAAUUCCAAAUUAUCAGUUUUUGUAUGAAAUUGGAAAAACUUUGGUUGAUUCUGAAUUCGUCAGAACAAAGAGAUUCAUCCAUGCAACAUGUGACAUGAUUAAGACUGAGGCAAUGAUAUUAGAAUCUGCAUAUCCUGCAAAGAUGCAUCAUGUCAUGGAAUAA